AUGGCACCCGCUCAGAAGCGCAAGACCGUCGACGACGACUUUGUGCUCACACUCUCCGACCACGAGGGCGAAAUUUCCGACGAGGAAAAGGCUCCUGUCGCCCCACCUAAGAAGAAGGCCAAGACCACCACCAAGGUCAAGGGCAAGAGCAAGAAGGGGAAGAAGGGCAAGGAGUCGACCCCUGAAGAAGAGGAAGAUGAUGAAGCACGCGAGGGUAUCUGGGGACAGAACGAUUCCGACGAUGGAGCCAUGGAUCCGGAUUUCGAGUACAUCCAGGACGGCGCCCAGGAAUUCGGCGAGGCCGAUUUCGAGGGCUGGGGAUUUGAGGGCGCCAAGAGCAGCAUGAAGCCUCAGAAAAUUGGCCUCGACCUUGACGACAUCAUUCGCAGGAGGUUAGAGAAGAAGAAGGAAAUUUUAAACAUGAGAGCGACCGAGGAGGAGGCACCGGGCUCCGAGGCUGAAGAUGAGGACGCGGAGGGCGCAGAAGACGGCGACGACGCGGCCUCCGACAAUGACUCGAUCGCAACACCUGUGGACCACCCAGACGAUGUCGAGUCAGACUUUAGUGACGACGAGGAUCCUGAGGAAAAGGCGAAGCGCGAUGCGUUCUUUGCGCCAGAAGAAGUGGCCAAGCCUGGCAAGAAGGCCGCCGCCAAUUCGUUCCAGGCCAUGUCGCUCUCGCGACCCAUCCUCCGCGGCCUGGCAGGCGUGUCGUUCACCAAGCCAACGCCAAUUCAGCAAAAGACGAUUCCCAUUGCUCUCAUGGGCAAGGAUCUCGUCGGUGGUGCCGUGACCGGUUCCGGAAAGACGGCCGCCUUCGUGGUGCCUAUUUUGGAGCGUCUUCUCUACCGACCGAAAAAGGUCCCCACGAGCCGCGUCGUCAUCCUCACGCCCACUCGUGAAUUGGCCAUCCAGUGUCAUUCCGUCGCCACGAAAUUGGCCGCCUACACAGACAUCAAGUUCACCCUCGCCGUCGGUGGUUUGAGUCUGAAGAUGCAGGAAGCCGAGCUGCGCCUGCGUCCCGACGUUAUCAUCGCCACACCUGGUCGUUUCAUCGACCAUAUGCGCAACUCGGCAAGCUUCGCCGUCGACGCCGUCGAGAUUCUGGUUCUCGACGAAGCCGAUCGCAUGCUCGAGGACGGUUUCGCCGACGAGCUGAACGAGAUUCUGACGAGCAUGCCCAAGUCUCGCCAGACGAUGCUCUUCUCCGCCACCAUGACGUCUUCGGUCGACAGGCUCAUCCGCGUCGGCAUGAACACGCCGGCGCGGGUCAUGGUGGACUCGCAGAAGAAGACGGUCACGACGCUGACCCAAGAGUUCAUCAGGCUGCGACCCGGUCGCGAGAGCAAGCGCAUGGGCUACCUCCUCUUCAUCUGCAAGACGCUGUACACGGAGCGCGUCAUCAUUUUCUUCCGCCAGAAGAAGGACGCGCACCGCGCGCGCAUCAUCUUUGGUCUGCUCGGCUUGUCGUGCGCGGAACUCCACGGCAGCAUGAACCAGACACAGCGUAUUCAAAGCGUUGAAGACUUUAGGGAUGGCAAGGUGUCUUACCUGUUGGCCACGGAUCUUGCGUCGCGUGGUCUUGAUAUCAAGGGCAUCGACACGGUCAUCAACUAUGAGGCACCGCAAAAGCUCGAAAUCUACGUGCACAGAGUCGGUCGUACCGCGCGUGCCGGUCGCGCAGGUGUGGCCGUGACCCUCGCCGCCGAGCCGGACCGCAAGGUCGUCAAGGCCGCCGUCAAGGCAGGCAAGGCUCAGGGCGCCAAGAUUCUGAGCCGCGUCAUCGAGGCCGGUGAGGCAGACAAGUGGCAGGACAAGGUGGACGAGAUGGAAGAGGAGAUUGAGGAGAUCAACGAGGAAGAGAAGGAAGAGAGGCAGCUGGCGCAGGUGGAGAUGCAGGUGCGCAAGGGUGAGAACCUGAUCAACCACGAGGACGAGAUCAAGUCGCGGCCGCGCCGCACCUGGUUCGAGUCGGAGAAGGACAAAAAGUCGGCGAAGGAGGCGGGCCGGGCGGAACUCAAUGGCGAUAAGAACGAGAAGAAGAAGGGUGGCGGCAAGAUGAGCAACAAGGACAAGAAGAAGGCUGAGUCGAGAGCCGAGAGGAGCGAGGCGCCGACGUGGAAGAAGGGCAAGGCGGAGAGGGCGGGCAAGGGCGCCGUGUUGGAUGUCAAAAAGCCACGGAUGCCGAAGAAGAUCAAGGCUGCGGCGGGCAAGAAGACAAAAGCGCGCGUGGGCAAGCGGAGGUAG